AUGUUGUCACCUGUAAAUUGUUAUGACGAUAAUGGAGAGGGAAAGAAUAAUUCCAUGUCUUUUUUAUGUAAUCAUUUUCUUUUGAAUGUGUUUGAAGGUUGUGCAGGAAACUCCAUUUUAGCUGAAAAUAUCCAUUUACAAACAUGUUUAGAAGAAUCUCGAUCGUUCUUUUUUGAAGAAGAUUUUAUUUCUUUGGUUGUUGAUGCACCCAGUGAAGUUGUUACAAAGAAAGGAGACGGCACCUCGACGUUUUUACCAAAAGAUCAAAGUUGCAAUGUGGACAUUUACAUUAUCUGUUCUUCAGAAGAUAUUGAUUCCUGUUCCCUGCUAAAAAAUAUCAUUACGUCGCAAAAUGGAUCGCAAUAUACUGUGAAGGUCUCGACAGACGAAAAUGCUUCCACUAGGUUAACGUAUUUAGACAAAGCUUGGUUAAUCAUUCCCUUGUUGUCUAGCAGUUUCAUGCAAUGCCCAGAAUUGGUUCAUGAACUGAAUAUCGCCUGGUGUCGUCAAAGAGAUUGUUUAAGCUUGUGUUUUCUGGCAAUUGUUUUAGAACAGUUACCAAAUAAUCCAACUUAUGUCAGUCUGUUUCCUUGUUUUUUCAACUGCGAAGAUGGCCGCUGGGUCAAAGAUCGUGAAACGCUUAAGCUAUUUCCUUCAGAUGAACUAACUCGUGUUUAUAAAAGCUGUCAAUGCCCUCUUAAUGUUGUACUUUGCUUCAUGACUGUAGUAGAUCAUAUACAGCAGUGGCAUAAUGGUAGCCAUUGCCUUGUGCUUGGCACACACAACAAAUUAUUUAAUUGUCUUCAUUUAAAUGCAUGCAUUCAACAACAUAAAGAAGUAUCAUCAAAGUGUAAUGAAGAAGCACAGGAAAAAGAGGUUGUUUCUAGCACUUGUUCAACGAAAGGAAACGAUAAGAUAACUGAUGAGACGGCUCGUGCUGAUGAUGAUGAUAAUUUGAAGCCAUCUGCACCAAAUGAAUGUCAAAACCAAGAUUCGCUUAUUUCUAGCACUUCUAAUUCUAGAAGUACGACUGCAGAGAAAGAUGAAGUACCAACUGAACAAGGCAAUGGCGUAGUUCGUGCUGAUAAUGAUGAUAGCUGCUUAAGGCCAUCUGGAGCAAUUGAAAGUCAAAACCACCAUUUAGUUUUACCACAAGAAAUAAAACAUCCUGACAAACCAAGCUCAGAUGUGAAAGUGAUCGAGUCGCAGCAGAUGUCCAAUAUUGAAAAUAUUGACAACCAUAGUGCUGACGAUUUGGGUAAAGAAACAUCAGUUAAGAGCAGGCAUGAAAAGAGACUGCUUAGAAAGAAUGAUCUUCCUUUUCGUGUAUAG